GGUGUCCUAAAGAUGUUUCACAUUUUUAGUUUUAAGUAAUUUAUAAUAUACAAAAUGGGACAACGGGAUACUAAAGUUAAAGGAUUUAUUUAUUUCGCAGCAAUUUCCACUUCAUUAACAACUUUUUCAACUGGUGUAUGCUUCGUUUGGACAUCCCCAAUUAUCCCGAAGUUUCAGUCUGAAGAUGUAGAACUAAAUCCGAUCGGAAGGCCGGUAACAAUAACGGAGUCAGCUUGGAUAGUUGCAGCUAUGACUUUGGGAUUGAUGAUCGGGCCAAUUUUAGCAGUAUUAGCUUUAAGGUUCAGCACUAAGAAAACGGUUUUAUUAUUAGCAGUCGGACCUAUAUUAUUUGGACACAUUACUUGCAUUUUUGCCAAUAAAGCAAAUUUGUUCAUAUUUGCUAGGAUCUUAAUGGGAAUUGGCUCGGGAGCUGUCUGGUCUGUUCUUGGUACAUUUAUCGCUGAAAUAGCUGAAAACAAAAAUCGAGGUUUCCUAGGAAGUUUUCCUGGGAUAGCAUCAAAUAUUGGAAGCUUGAGUGUGUACGUUAUUGGUCCUUAUACGAAAAUAUGGCAAUUCAGCAUUGUGCAAAUUGUUCCGAUCAUAUUAUUUUGCAUGACUUUUGGCUUUCUUGUUCCCGAUAGUCCAUACGACUUAAUCGUCAGGGGAAAAUCUGACCUAGCCGAAAAGAGCUUGAAGAAGCUAAGACAAACCGAUAAGGUGGGAAAAGAGUUACUAUUUGUGCAGGAAACAGUGCAACGGGGAAACGAAUGUAAAAUACAAUUUGCUGAGUUGAUUAAAGAUCGUGGUUUCCGUAAAGGACUAACUAUUAGCACGACUUUAAUGAUAUUCCAACAACUUACUGGAAUUUUAGCAGUCGUCAGUUACGCAGAAACAAUAUUUAGACUUGCUGGCGAUUUUAUUCCGCCCUCAAUUUCUCCCAUGAUUCUCGGUGUUGUUGCUACCACUAGUCAGUUGAUCAGUUCUAAACUCAUAGAUAAAAUGGGAAGAAAAAUGUUAUUUUCAGGUGCCUGUAUAUCAGAAGCUAUAUCUUUGUUUGCAUUGGGUUUCUAUUUUUUCCGGUUGAACCAUGGACUAGACGUAUCUGCGAUUUCUUGGGUGCCUAUUGCGAGUUUAGCUAUUUUUAUGUUUUCCUUCAAUUCCGGUCUAGGGAAUAUCCCCUGGAUUGUUACAGGAGAAAUAUUUAGCUCUAAAGUGAAACCCAUUGCUUCUACUAUAACGGCGUUAAGCAAUUUCAUUGUUUCGUUCCUGAUAGUUAUAUGCUUUCCAUAUAUGAUUGAAUACUUUGGGAUGGGUCCUACUUUUUGGUUUUUUGGUAGCUGCAUGGUUCUAGGAGCGAUUGUCUGUAUCUGGCUUUUACCGGAAACCAAAGGAAAAAGUUUUUUGGAAAUUCAAGAUUUGUUGAAAAAUUAAUGUUAAUAGAAUCAGGGUUUUAAAUGAAUAUUUUUAUUAAAGGACUGAUAAGACUUAAAAACACGCAUCACUGUUAUGACAAUAGAAAUAGCUUUAACUAGGAGAUGUGUGAUUUGUUAAUAAAUAGUAUUUUAGUUUAUAAUCAUAACUUUAAUAAAUAGUAAGUAUUUCCCAAAAUUAACCCAAGAGUCGAAUUAAAUAGAAAACAUAGUUUUUAGACUUUAGAUUGUUAUAAAUUUUAUAACUUUAGAAUCAGAAAGUAUAUAGGAUAGGGUUAUUUAUGCAAUAACACCCAUGACCAUCCGGCAUAAAUGUGCCUGGAUUUCGCUAAUAGGCACAGCGUUUAAUUUAUCAAUAUCAGCACCAACUGAAAAACUGCAUUAACAGAAGUAUAUUACAGACUCAAUCUAUUGACAUCAUUAACAAAGAGAUCUCACAGCAAAUUCCAGAUAUGGCACAAAAAGUGGCAGGUAAAAAUUAAAAGAAGAUACAUAUACUUUCUAAAGAAACUAUAGACCUUAUUCAGAAACGCAAGUCAGUAAACGUUACAAAAUGGAAAGAGUUAGAAAAUGCUAGAAAGAUAAUUUUGCAGUCGAGUUCACAUUACAAAACUUUUAAACGAGAAUAACCGAUGUUAAUGUGACUCCGAUGAAUCACAAGAACGGAAGAAAUAAAAAGAAUAACAGAAUACUUCUAUCGAUCUCUAUACAUAUAAAAGCAAAGUCGCUCCACCGCCAGGUGAAUCAAACGAAAAACGAAAAAAGAUACUUAAUGUGGGCUCCGAAGAAAUCCCAGAUUCAACCAGUGGAGAGAUUAAAACAGCUAUGUCAAAAAUGUCAAAGGGAAAAUUGUCAAAGAGAGAGAGGAAGAACAGGAGAAGAUGGGAUCAUAUUGAAAAUGUCGAUAAACGGAGGAAUAUUUUUAAAUUUUAUUUUAGUUUAAUAUAAUUGCAUGAUUUUGCAAUAUAAACAAGUACGCCGUAUUUGAAUCUUCCAAGGAUUGUAAAAAUCAACAGACAAGUGAAUGUUUUGUUGAGGCGUUUUGAAAAAUUUUGAAUAUAAAAGCAAAAUUUAGCCUAAACUAUAUUCCUUGGAUAGGCUAUAUCCUUUAUUUGCUUUUGCAUUCAUCAUAUAGAUUAUGAGUUGUUUGUAGUUUAAACUAAUUUUUAUGGAUUUAAGCUCGUUUUGUUUGCAAGCCGUAGCUCUGCUGUCGAAAUCAAGGUGAUUAAAUGUUUUCUGUUCUUUAGAAAAUAUAGUAUACACAGU